GCACAUGCGCACUGAGCCUGCCGGGCGGCGCGGGGGCGGGGAGCCCUGGAUGACUAAACCUGAGAGAAACGCUGGUGGGAGGCUCGGGCGGGUGCCGGUGCCCGCGUAGGCCCUGCUCGCCCCGCAGCCACCACCCGCCCGGUGACCAUGAUAGUGUUUGUCAGGUUCAACUCCAGCCAUGGUUUCCCAGUGGAGGUCGAUUCUGACACCAGCAUCUUCCAGCUCAAGGAAGUGGUUGCUAAGCGACAGGGGGUUCCAGCUGACCAGCUGCAUGUGAUUUUUGCUGGGAAGGAGCUUCAGAAUGACCUGACAGUGCAGAGCUGUGACCUGGAACAGCAGAGCAUUGUUCACAUCGUACAGAGACCGUGGAGAAAAAAUCAUGAAACAAGUGCAUCUGGAGAGGACAAGCCCCACAGCAUCUCAGGGGGCUCUGUAUGGGAGUCCACGGGCUUGACAAGGGUGGACCUCAGCAGCCAUAUCCUGCCAGCAGACUCCGUGGGGCUGGCGGUCAUUCUGGACACAGGCAGCAGGAGUGAUUCAGAAGCAGCCAGAGGUCCAGCAGUUAAACCCACCUAUAACAGCUUUUAUGUCUACUGCAAAAACCCCUGCCACAGAGUCCAGCCUGGAAAGCUCCGAGUUCAAUGUGGCACCUGCAGACAAGCAACCCUCACCUUGGCCCAGGGUCCAUCUUGCUGGGAAGAUGUCUUAAUUCCAAACCGGAUGAGUGGCGAGUGCCAAUCUCCAGGCUGCCCUGGAACCAGAGCAGAAUUUUUCUUUAAAUGUGGAGCGCACCCAACCUCUGACAAGGAUACAUCAGUAGCUUUGAACCUGAUCACCAGUAACAGUCGCAGCAUUACCUGCAUAGCCUGCACAGACAUCAGGAGCCCCGUCCUGGUCUUCCAAUGUAACCACCGCCAUGUGAUCUGCUUGGACUGCUUCCACCUGUACUGUGUUACAAGACUCAACGAUCGGCAGUUUGUCCAUGACGCUCAGCUGGGCUACUCCCUGCCGUGUGUGGCUGGCUGUCCCAACUCCUUGAUUAAAGAGCUCCAUCACUUCAGGAUUCUUGGAGAAGAGCAGUACAAUAGGUACCAGCAGUAUGGCGCCGAGGAGUGUGUGCUGCAGAUGGGGGGCGUGCUGUGCCCCCGUCCUGGCUGCGGAGCUGGGCUGCUGCCUGAACAGGGCCAGAGGAAAGUCACCUGUGAAGGAGGCAACGGCCUGGGCUGUGGGUUCGUUUUCUGCCGGGACUGUAAGGAAACAUACCACGAAGGUGAAUGCAACUCGCUGUUUGAAGCCUCGGGGGCUACUUCUCAGGCCUACCGGGUGGACGAAAAGGCUGCUGAGCAAGCUCGCUGGGAGGAGGCCUCUAAGGAAACCAUCAAGAAAACCACUAAGCCUUGUCCUCGCUGCAAUGUGCCGGUCGAAAAAAACGGAGGAUGUAUGCACAUGAAGUGUCCUCAGCCCCAGUGCAGACUGGAGUGGUGCUGGAACUGCGGCUGUGAGUGGAACCGAGCCUGCAUGGGUGAUCACUGGUUCGACGUGUAGAGGGAUGUCAUUCAGGCACUACCCUGGGCCGCACCUCCUCAUGGGAAACACCUCGGCUCCUACUUUCUUAGCCAUUUCUUCUUCUCUGUGCAUAUAAGCACAUACCUGCACACGCACAAACACAGGCUGCAGAUUACAGAUGUAGCCACUAGAUCCUUUCCACGGCACCCACAGAAACCAGCAGCGCCCACUGGGUACCCAGCAAAAGGCACUUUCAGGCCUCUAGCUAAUGCAAAUAUCAGCGCUGGGAACAGAGUGCAGCCCCUCAUUUGGGAUUCUCCUCAUCCCAGCACAAAUCCAGCUGGCUCAUCACAUGGGCAGAGGUUUUCCAGGUUUAACUUCCUGCCUUCACCUUCGCUAAAUCCAUGUAGAAGCCAUGGGCGAAGCCAAAGACUUUCCAAGGCCGUUGCCGCGCUCUGUGUAAGUUAGGCUGUCGGAGCGCGCUUGAGAUUUGAGAAACAGUGUCCUCAUUCAGCAAUCACCUGUUCCCAGAGGGCCCUCCCCAGCAAUAGUCAAACAUGUUUAUCCCCGAGAAUCCUAUCUUUACAAAUGGUGCUGAUGAGAUGACAGCCCCACCGCACACACAUCAGCUUAUCAACCAAGUGAGAGACUGGGAAAGCUAAUUGGAAUGCCAGCUCUUUAAAUUACUGGGAGGGCAUCGAAGCUGAAUGUAUCUCCAUUCAUUUGAUUACCUGCAACUUUAGAAAGAAAUGUUUUUUCCCUGAAAAUAUUACAAAGUCUGUAAUUUGGUUUGAAGUAUUCAUGUUGCAGCCUGGAAGUUUGGCCCAGGCCCUUGGCUUCACUGUAAACUUAGUAGAGAAAGUGCCUAUAAAGGGGAUGUUCUUAGAAGCAAUCCCAUAAUGCUCUUCCAACACUAAGAGCAGUGCAGGUCAGGUUUAUAUUUACGGAAUAUUUAUAGAAGGAGCAUUUCUAGAUCAUCUAAAUGAAAACAUGCAUGACCCGUCCAUCAGAAGGGGAGACACCUCUGCAUACCUACCCCCUCCCCGGCUGUGAAGUCCCAGGGAACCCCACACACUCAGUGGUCCUACAGGCAGGGACUUUUGCGCAGGACAAUAAACACACGCUAGAAUAUUCUUCAGGUUCAUAUACAUCACAUUUGAAUGUUAAUUUUUCAAGAAUUUAUUUUUUCCUGUUUUGUUUUGUUUUUGAGGCACUCAAAACACAUAAAAACGUGUCCACUAGGUACUGUGAGCCACAUUUUCUAAACUGCACUGUGUGCAGGGGUGAGGUGUAGUCUCUGCCUUUCCCUUUCAUUUGCUUUUCUGAGUUCUCAGGAGGCUGAGCUGGUAGCUGAGGGUCUCACUGGCACAUGAGGUCCCUUGAGACUUCAGAGACCUGGGUCUUCUAAAAUCAAUUAGCAGCUGUAACCAAUAGAAACCCUCAAUGGUGGGGAAAGAGGCAGUGACCUCAGAAUUUUCCAGGUCACAUCCCAAGAACAUCUGCUCCCCCAUCCCAAGCAGCCUCACCCAACCUCACCGAGAAUGCUCCCCAGGAGCAUUCUGCCCUCCCCUUCCUCAGAGACACAAUGCUGGAACAAGAUGGUGGUGUGAGAGGGGACCACAACAACAUGAACAGCCCCAUUUAGCAUCAACUGUUAAAAUACAUCCACUCCUCCAUGCCCCAGGGCUUCGAGACCCAAGUCCAGAAGCCAAUAAUCUUAUAGAAAUAACGGUAAUGGUAUCUUUUAGCAUGAGGAAAGGUCAGCCGAUCUAAGCCCAGGUUUGCAUCCCAUUGGCCCAAGUCUCCACCCCAGCCAGGUCCUGAAUGAAUGUCAUAUGCUGACCCAAAAUGGCAAAGCCACCUGUCCUUCAACACCCAGGGCAUCAAUGUCACCCAUCACCAUUUCAUUUGUGACAUUGCUCUUACCACUGCCUCCUUCCACACGUGUGUGCUGCCAUGGGUUUGGGAAGCCAGGACAAUGUUUGCUCUUCAGC